AUGGACGUAGCUCCUCGAAAAGGCACGCGACGAGCAUGUGACCCUUGUUCCGUUCGCAAGGUUCGAUGCGAUGGCAAUCAGCCCUGUUCUCGAUGCGAGGUAGCGAGUUGGGAUUGUACCUAUCUCAAGACGCACGGAAAGUCUGGACCGAAAGGACCGAGGCGAACGACCGAAGCUGCCAUCCGGAGGCUGCAAGAGCGUAGCAAAAGCACCCACGACGAUUCAAGGAGUAACAGCGAGGCCAGUUUCGACGCAACGAGUCCGAGCACGACAGAACUUCCCUUUUUUGAUUCACUACCAUCUCUGAGUGAUGCGGGCUUAGAAACUGCCGGAUGGCCGGACAUCCUGAGUCCAACCUUCACAGCCGCGCAGCAUGAGCCUCAACGAAUAUCGACGUCCUGCAUAUCGCAGUAUCUGGACGUCUACCAGGUCCGGGGAUAUGGCAUAUGGCCUGUGGUUGAUGCCGAGGAGAUAACGGCUCGGCUUCUUACGCAUCCAGAUGAUCUCGAAGCGUAUGCUCUGGCGACAGCAAUAUGUGCUGCUGUGGUCAGUCAGUUCUCGAUCAAUGCUGAGCCAGGAAGCCCAGUAGAAGGACACUACCGUGUAUCGAGCAGCAUGUUCGAGAAGGAAUCCAAAAAGGCGCGCGAGGAUUCAGAUCAUCUGGAAAAUAUCACAGUGAAAUCGGUGCUGAGCAGCUUCUUCUUACACGUGUACUCCGCCAACGUCGGGAGAAUGAAUGCGUCGACAGUGUUGCUUGGCGAGGCCAUCAACAAGUCCCACGUCCUUGGAUUGCACAAAACUACAUACUAUGAGGCAAUGAGUCCGGAGCAGGUGCAACACACUCUGAGGAUAUAUUGGCUUCUCUUCAUCACGGAACGAGCGCACUCGAUACAGCAUGAUGUACCAACAACGCUCAAAAGAGCACCAGACCUUCCCAGGUUGGAAAACUACAACGAUGGUUCGGUCACGCCAGCAUUUGUUCAACUAUGUAAGCUGUUCAACAUACUCGAUGUCACCAUCACCGCAGAUCCUGCCACUGCAAGGAUCGCACUCGCCAUGGCUCAGCAAGAAUUGAGCUCCGAUGAAGCACCACUCAGCCUGGAGAAUGAACUGCAGCGUGCAGACAUAUCCAUGACACAGCAAUGGAUGCGCAUUUUCCUAUGGCAGCACGCUCUCAAUGUUACCAAUUUAAGCAGCGCCAAUGCUGACGACGAAUUCUCGUUCUCCUUCCCAGCCAAGGUAGCGCAGAACGUCCUCAGCAACCUCAGCAGUCUCUCGCAACAAAGUAUAGAAGCGCAUGGGCCUGGUAUGGAGUCAAAGCUGUUCGAUGUUGCGAAUUCAUUAGCUGAUGUAAUGAUCAUCAUGCCUUCGAUGAACCACGAGUCGCAUUUCGGUAUAGGUCCAAGGGACCUUAUCCACAACUUAUCGCGCGUGCUUUCCGGAUUCCGCGGCGGCAAUCCAGCAGUACUGAACAUAUUGCAAGAGAAACUAGCGACCCUGGGCAUGGCCGUCGGAUCCCCUCAGAAGCUGCUAGAGCUGUCGUCACCAGAGGAAGAAAAGGAGGAAUGGCACAACAGGACUCAUUCAGCAACUUCUGCGCCCUCGCACUAUUCGCCCUACAGCGAUGAAUCGCCUGCUUCGCCUGACUUGCCCACCUGCCGGAUGAUGGAUGGUCGUUAUUGA